AUGUCAAAGCUCGAUUACGGGCAGCUGCAAAAGUUCAUUCAACAGCGCACAGAAUUGGGGCCGGAAGAUCGCACAGCAUCUCGCCCAAAGACUGUCAGAAAGUCGGCUAAGACCAAUGAACCUAGGGAACGCCUGAAGGACCAUCAUUCGGAGGAUGUAGCAAAUCUAGAAAAAAAAGGCCGUAACGCAGCCUUUGACCUGGCCCUCAAGAGCCAUCUUGCAAAGCUAUCGGAGAAAGAGAGGAUGGAGUUUGGAAACGCGUUCCAUGAAAUAACUGAUGUAACCAUUUUGCAAAUGGUGAAAGACUUCGAUGAAGAGCACAACAAAAAGUCCUUCAUUCAUAAACGGCUCGAGCCUGUAGGAAAGUUACUUCGCCUUCUUGAUCAAUUCAUGCAAGGCGUUGCGAUCGGCAUACAGAGCCAGCCGGAAAUAUCUUCAAUUGUGGUAGGGGCCGUUCGGAUCGUCAUCGAUCUUGCAGUGAGGUUUGUGACAUUUUGGAACAAGCUGUCGGAUAUGCUCUGCCAAUUUUCAAAGUGGCUAAACAUCCUGCAACAGCUCUCUACAACAUGCAGAGAUAAGUGCAAUGGAAUCCUUCAAGAAGCACUUGCUAACGUCUAUGGCGAUCUCCUUGAUUUCUGCGUCCGUUCAAGAUCGAUUUUUGUAGGGGCAAAUGGUCACUUACGGAAAUACAAUAAUUUAAGGGUCUUUAUCAGGGUGCAAUGGAAUGGUUUCGAGGAGCAUUUCGGCGGAAUCGAAGCACGAGUAACGAAAAACCUUCACAAUGUUCAUCUUGCCGCUCAAGCUGAUUCCCUCGACGACCAAAAGGAUGCCCUCAAGAAGUUAGGAGAUCUGGUUAAAAUUGUCACUGACCGCAAUGCGAUCGACGAACGCACAAAUUUUCUUGAAUGGGUCUCCAAGAUCCACUACGAAGAGAUACACGAUGAAAUUAUUGAGAAAACCCAUCUAGGAACUACAGAAUGGCUCAUUAGAAAGGAGCUUUUUCAGGAAUGGUUCAAUAGUUCAAGUUCUUCUACCUUGUGGUGUCAUGGAAAGCCGGGAAGUGGCAAAUCCGUUCUGGCGGCAAAUGUUAUCGAUUACAUUUCAACGCAAUAUGCCUUGAGUGACGACAUUGGCAUUGCAUAUGCAUAUUGCAAUUUCCAAGAUACUGCCACGCAAGACCCGAGGAAUGUAAUCUUAUCUUUCAUCAAGCAGCUCAGCUGGAAGCGGAAUGAGCUCUCAGAAUCCCUUCGUGGAUUCUUUAAGGCCUACCAUGGCGACGCACGUACUUCUAACCUAGCAACGUGUAAAGCGCAAUUUUGGAACCUAACGGAGUUGUUCAAAGAGGUUUACAUAAUAGUUGACGGCCUCGAUGAGUGCCAAGAAGAUGCCAGAGGGCGGACAUUAGAGCUCAUUUUAGAUCCCUCGAAGGGAAGAGAGUACAACAAGGGUGAAAAGACGAGAGACAGUGAUUUUGAGCUUACUCAAGGAGCUGCAUUGAAAACAAUUGUCAUUAGCCGCAAUGAAGCCGACAUAGCCAAAAGAUUCAAAGAACAUGCCGCCUUCAUCCUCCGAAUUGAGAACGAGGAUGUUGCCCCAGAUAUCACAGCAUUUGUUCAGGGUGAGACUGAAUCUCGAAUUCAUAAAGGAAAUCUGCGAAUAUAUAGCCAGACUUUGAAAGAAAAGGUCAUAGAAAAGUUGAUUGCCGAAGCUGAUGGAAUGUUUCUCGUGCCUAAGCUUCAACUCAAGACUAUAUGUGAGGAAAAGACUGAACGGGAUGUAGAACAAGUGCUGGGGAAUCUUCCUCAAGGUCUUGACGAAUAUUACGCUCGAAUGCUGCAUCGCAUUAACACCCAAGCAGCAUCUCUGAAGGCAUUGGCCUUUCGGUGUUUUAGGUUUGUGUUAUACGCAUCACGUCCUUUAAGGAUAGAGGAGCUGAGAGAUGCACUUGCCAUGACUGCGCCUGUGGCCAACCGGAAAGAACUCAACUUAUACAGGGAAGCAGACAUCCUCGACGCGUGUGGAGGCUUCUUCAUCGUGGAGCGUCCAAGUUCUAUCGUUCGCCCAAUCCAUAUCACCAUUUGGAGUUUUCUUGAGAACAACUUUGGCGAUAUGAAUAACGAGCGUGUUCUCAAUAGAGCAAAGGCUCAGGAAGAAUUUGCUAUUGCAUGUAUUCUUUAUCUCCAGAUUGAGUUUCGAAAAGAUGGGCCGUGUCAGGACCCGCAACAGCUUCACCAGACCAUCCAGAGCAAUCCAUUUUUAUUCUACGCGGCACAGAACUUUGAUUAUCAUAUAGCGCAAAUUCCUUCCAUCCAUCUUGGCAUCGUGCAGUCUUUCAACAAGUUACUCGCUGGACCUGAACGACCAGGAGAUGAGGGCCCAGACUUCGAUCGGCCGGAUCGCGCAAAUCGUGCUAUAGCGGCCAUCUUGCAAAUCCGACUCCUCCGCAAUCCGUUCGACCCGGAGGGGAUCAGAGAUGGAUUCGAUAGAAAUUGCUAUGCGGUUACUGCUGCCACGAUGCUAUACGUAACCCAGCUUCAAGGGGUGCGUUGGCUCACACGAGAAGCGAGGUGGCCGAUUCCGCAGGCCAUGCCUUCAAUUCACAGUGCAGCUGCAGCUGGCCGAAAGGAAAUUCUUAUAGAACUCUUGGAUAAAGCAGUCGACGUAAAUGCGGAGGAUAAGUACGGUGUCCAGCCAUUGUACUACGCUUGUCGGUAUGGCCAUUACGCUCUGGCAUUAAUCUUGGUAUCCCGCAAAGCCAACGUCAACCAUGUUAGUAGCAAAGGGCACGCGCUGUAUAUAGCUUGCUCAAAGGGCUACUCUACGAUCGUCCAGUUGUUACUGAGAAACGACGCCGAAGUGAACCUACCUGGAGGUCCGUUUGGUAAUGCGCUCGUCGCAGCCUGCAAUGGCGGUAGACUCGAAAUUGUCCGGCUCCUGCUCUCUCACAAGUCGGUAAUUGAACGUUCCCCUCUGCAACGCUUUUCUGCUCUCCAUGAAGCCAUUUUACGCGGUCAAAAACAGAUCGUUACACUCCUGCUUGAAAAUGGCGCAGACGUGAAUGAGACAGCGAUGGAGAAAACUGCCCUUUUCGUAGCCGUCGAAUCUCAAAAAGAAGACAUUGUUAGACUCCUAAUUGAUAAAAAAGCAGAUAUCAACGUUUAUCACCCCACAGAUGCGACUGUCCUGCAUGUUGCAAUCAGAAAAUCUCGCAAUGGUCAAGGAGAAACGAAAAUUGCAGAAUUAUUACUUCGGAACGGCACCAUCGUUCACGGCAGUAAAAACUGGAACCCAGCAUUGCAUGCGGCGGUGGAAGUAGGAAGCAUGGACAUGGUACAACUACUUCUUCGCUAUAACGCAGAUAUAAAUGAAGUCGCCGAAGAUGGUGCGACGGCAUUUUCUAUCGCUGGCAGAGAGGGCUUGACAAAAAUUGGCCAAGUGCUAAUUGGAAAUGGAGCGAACUUAGAAGAACAGGGGAUCGAAGCUCUGACUUGGGCAGCUAAGGGCGGGCAUGUAGGAAUGGUAAGAUGGCUUUUGGAUAUUGGCGUCGAUGUCAGCGCUGGACAUGGCCUUGUAUUUGCGGCCACUACCGUUAUGGCUGAAGAGAUCCAACCCGAAGGCGAGCCAAGACGGAAGACGAGGAUUGAAGAGACGGUGGAGCUCUUGCUCGACCGAGGUUCUAUUCAUGGACCUGAAGCUUUAAAAGCGGCAAUCGCAUUCGAUAACAAACGUGUAGUAGAGAUUUUUAGAGAAAGGGGAUUCGAGGAGGACGCUGAGGAGUAA